CGACCUACGAAGUAGGCAGGCUUCUAGAGUCCUAUAGUUACUACGCCCUAUUGCUCUAUUACAGUCUAGCCCUUUCACGCAAUGAAACAUGACAAAAUAGACUAUGUUUGUAUAUGUGCUACGCAGGUCAUCCCGUGAUUGUCAAGGCUCUGGAAAGCGUCGCCCGAUUUCUCCCCCUCUUGUCUUCCCACUCUCCGUUGGCCUUGACUUGGGAUGCUGUAUUCUUAACAGUUGCUAAAGAACUGCUCUGACACCGUUUCUUGAACCAGCCGGUAUCGUCCAGAUGUCUUUUUCCUAAAUACAGACUGUUCAAAAUCAAUACCUUGGAUAGCCUUAUUCUUAGUCAACCACUGGCCAACUGGCACUCCUAUUAUCCAUACUCGAUAUUUCCAUACUCGAUAUUUCUUCCAAUUGCCUCGGAGAGAUAUUCACUCUCUUUACUCUCUUUCUACUCUGCAAGUAUCCAAAGGAUUGAGUACAAGAACAAUGGGCACAACCUCCGUCCGCCGCAACCUGUUUCAACACAGCCUCAAUCGACGAGCAGCACCUGCUGCCCCGUCUCAUAUACCUGCUCACGACGGAUCUAACGGCGUUCACCCCUUCUCGCAUCACACAUCAAGGUCGACAACGGAUGGAUCGAACUUUUCAUCCCUCGGCUCUGGGCCCGUCGAUAAUGGAGAAAUCGUUGCUCGAGACAAGAACGGGGCCUACAAACUAGACAUCCCCUUCUUCCAGCCACUUCUUCCGAGCAGAGAUGGUGAAGAAAUGGAGGGUGUGGAGAGGGGGGCACCCAGUGUAGGGGCCGAUUCUACACGGGUUGAUUCGACGGGUGAAGCAGAAAUGAAUGUCCGGGACAAGGAGAAAAUUGAAGCACGUUUGGUCGAACUCAUGUGCAGGAACCGUAACAGGCAGAUGAGCAGUGAGCCCGCCGAGAUACUCAACCUCAUCCAGCAGAGUCUUCGCGACAAGGCUGCCGCUUUGGAUGACGAUAAUUGGAUGUAUGAAGCGGAACAUGAAUCCCGGAUAUGAGUGACAUCAUUUAGUGGCUAUGCCAGACUCAAU